UAGUUCUUCCAUAGCAUUACGGUAUACCUUCUGAAGCUCAAAAUGAUAAACCCUUGCAGAACCCUAAUUUAGUCCUCACACAGCUAACAGAAAGAAGAACUGAAAGACUUUGAAUAACAAGAACAAGAAGCUGAAGUAGACACACAAGAUGGGGAAACUACCACCAUCCUUAAGGUCAGCCAACUUUGCUGUAAACACUCUCAUUAAAACUCCAUCUUCGGUUCCUCACCAAAAUAUCCCACCCCCAACCACAAAACCCCAUUAUUAUCCCAAAAAAUCACAAUCACCAAAGAAAAAACCCACACAAAAUACUGAACCCCAACUCCCAUCAAUUACAGCCUUUGAUUCAACAUCUCUUUCAGAUGCUAAAACCCUUUUCAACUCUCUCAUUUCCAAUACCAGAAACAUCCCUUCAGACAAUAAAUUCUAUAAUGCAAUCUUACAAUCAUUUUCCUCCAAUUCAACUCUCCAAGAUUCAAUCUUUUUUCUUAAUCACAUGAUCAAGAUUCACCCUCCUUUCUCACCUGACAGGUUUACAUACCAUGUUCUCCUAAUCCAAUCUUGCAAAUCAGUUGACCUUUCUUUAACCCCUGUUCAUCAAGUUCUUAAUCUUAUGACUAAUAAUGGUUUCCCACCAAAUAAAGUCUCAACAGACAUUGCUGUGAGGACCCUUUGCUCUUCGAACCGCGAAGAACAAGCCAUUGAACUGGUAAAAGAACUUUCUUCAAAAGACUCUCCACCUGAUACAUAUACUUACAAUUUUAUUGUCAGGCAUCUAUGCAAGAACAGGCCUUUGAGUACUAUGAAUAACUUUAUUAAAGAAAUGAGGGAGGGUUUUGAUAUAAAGCCUGAUCUUGUUACAUAUACUAUUAUGAUUGACAAUGUUUGUAAUAGUAAAAAUCUUAGGGAAGCGACUCGAUUGUUGGGGGUGUUGAGUGAGGAAGGUUAUAAGCCUGAUUGUUAUGUUUAUAAUACAAUUAUGAAGGGUUAUUGUAUGUUAAGUCAAGGUGGUGAAGUAUUAGGUGUAUACAAGAAAAUGCAGGAGGAAGGAGUGAAGCCUGACCUUGUGACUUAUAAUACAUUGAUCUAUGGAUUGUCGAAGUCGGGAAGGGUGAAAGAUGCUAAGAAGUUUUUGAAUGUUAUGAUGGAGGAAGGCCAUAUUCCAGAUGCAGUCACGUAUACUUCAUUAAUGAAUGGGAUGUGUAGAGAAGGAGAUCCGUUAGGAGCGCUGGCAUUGUUGGAGAAAAUGGAAGCACGAGGCUGUGAGCCUAAUUCGUGUACAUAUAAUACAUUGCUUCAUGGGUUAUGUAAGGCAAGAUUAUUGGAUAAGGGAAUGAAACUGUAUGAUGGUAUGAAGCAUAAUGGUGUGAAACUUGAGACGGGGUCUUACGGAACGUUUCUCAGAGCUCUCUGUCGGAAUGGCAGAGUAGCAGAAGCUUAUGAAGUUUUUGAUUAUGCAAUAGAGAGCAAGAGUUUGACUGAUGUUUCUGCUUAUACAACUUUGGAGAGCACUUUGAAGUGGCUUAAAAAAGCUAGAGAACAGGGACUUGUCGUUUGACCUCCAUUGCUGAUGAGCAUAUAUUCCGCUGAAGAAUAGUUCACAAUGGCAUGUAUCUUGACCUUAGAUUCUCGAGCCAGCAAAGAAUAUUCUUUUGAAAGACUUUGCUGAAUCCUUGCUCUUUGUUUCUUGACCAGUCGGUCUGCUUCGAUAAUCAUUUGAAGCAUGUGUUCAGCGGCUCUGUGCGGUAUUUAGUUUUGCCUGGCACAAAUGUAGAACGGUUGAUUGAAUGAAUGACUUGCCUGCUGGUAAAGCUUUGAUCAUCUCCCAACAUUCUGUUCUGCCCGUCUUUGGGAGCAAUUCAAAACUUUUACAAACUUAUGCGUUGUCUUGCUGUGCGCUUGUUUGGAAAUCUUUGAACUGAACAUGGGUAUAGGCAUACAAGAGAUGAACUUUCAAAUCGAAGCAGGUAGUUAAUAGUCUAGUGAGGUCAAUAGCUGGCUUUCUAGCGUGCUGAUUAAUUAUGCAAAGAGUUGGAAUGGCAAGAAGUGAUCCCAAGAGGCUGAGUGACAUUUUAAGGCACAAGGCCUCAGCUUGGCUGGCUUGAAAAUUUAUUGAACUUUCUCCUAAAUUUAAAAACCAUCCUGUUAUUGAGCAUGUGUUAUCAGAGAUUGGAAGCACAACCACUAACCGGAGAGGGAUCCUUAUAUACAGCUGAUCGAAUAGAUCCGAAGACCAUCUUCAGUUUAUAUGUUACAUUUAUUUCUGAAAUGAAGCAGAGGAGUCCAUCUGAACUCUGUAAAUUUUCCAAUUUGGAUCUCUGUUGCUUAUCGUAGUGUUGCAGCUUUUGGUGUCUGAAAUGUUCUGUUCCCAUGUUCAGCCCGUAGCUCAGUUAGCCCAUAAAACGAAUUAGUCUGAAAUAAACUUACAUGAUGUUAAAA